AUGAGCAUUGCUGAUUUAGCGGAGAGAGAGUUUGCAAAAUUUGAGGAAGCAGAAAGAUUUUACUGCAACUAUGCUCUUGCAAUUGGUUUUAGCAUAAGAAGAAGUCGUUUGAGAUGUAGCGAGGGUGGGGUUGUGAUGGGAAGACAAUGGGUGUGCUCAAAAGAGGGGAGUAGAUCAAAGAAAUGGACGAAUAGAGAUGAUAUGGUUCGUACACCAAGGAAAGAGACUAGAGAGAAUUGUCACGCUACAUUUGCUGUGAAGUAUUGUCCUAAACGGGAUGCUUAUAUUGUGACUAAAUUUGUAAAUGAGCACAGCCACCGACUUGCUAACUCACGUGGAUACAUGAAAGUAGGGUUCACUAGUAAGGAUCUAUAUAACAUGAUAGAUUUCGAGCGUCAACAAGUGGUAUUGGAUGGUGAUGCACAAGCAGCAAUAAGCUACAUGAAUGCCAAGGUAAUAGCUGACCCAUAA